AUGUACUGUCCAAGCAGAGUCAGUCAACCCAGGGAAACUACCAAUCCUACCACAAACCCCGCCCCCUCCCCGUUGCUGAGCCCUGGUUGGUUGGACCCGGAGCUAGGAGCACAUGGUCACUGCUGGGAGAAAGCUCAUCAUCUGAGAGGAUGGCAGUGUUCGUAGAUCUCAACCUUACAAACUGUAUGACAGUAAAGAAGUUGCAAAGCGUUAUAGAAAUGGCGGCGCAUCUUGGUUACUCGGCUGUUGCCAUCAACCAUAUCGCAGAGUUUGAAAAUAAGAAACCGGAAAUUGUGAAACCGAUAUCUACUAAGGAUCUGUUUGCAUCGCCACCAACUGUACAGGGUAAAUCUACACCAAUCCAAAUUCUUAAGAGGCUAACCGUCAUAGCGUCAGACCCAUCCCAUUUCAAUGUACUGAGAUCCACUUCCCCUGUCACCAGACUGUAUGAUAUUGUGGCCGUCUAUCCGAAAACAGAAAAGCUGUUCCAUGCUGCGUGCACCGCCAUCGAUGUGGAUAUCAUAUGCAUCAAUGUAACGGAAAAGUAUCCAUUUUUCUUCAGAAGGCCACCUGUCAAUGCUGCCAUCGAGAGAGGCAUCUUUUUUGAGCUGAUUUAUACACCGUCAAUCAAAGAUUCCACCUUAAGACGGUAUACGAUUUCUAAUGCGCUCAGUUUAAUGGAGAUCUGCAAAGGAAAAAACAUUAUUAUAUCUAGUGGUGCAGAAAAGCCAUUGGAACUGAGAGGUCCGUAUGACGUCGCCACCUUAGGCUUGCUGUUUGGAUUGUCUGAAAGAUCUGCCAAGGCUGCCCUGUCUACCAACUGCCGCGCUGCCCUUCUACAUGGUGAAACAAGAAAGACUGCCUUUGGCAUCACUCAUACUGUGAAGAAACCUCAAACUCUAGAAGAUGAAGGGGAAGCGGCAGAACCAGCGUCCAAGAAAGCAAAGAAGGAGUGAAGUUCGUCCAUCGUACAGCAUGCGAUCGCCCACCAUUAAGAUUUGUCCUUUAUUCCUUUCAAAGACUCGGUAAAUCAAUUUUCCCAUUACGGUCUGUGAGCUGACAGAUUGGAUGAGCCGUUUCCUAAUCUGCGUCUGCAAUGUGUCUUGUGCUCGACAGAAUCAAAGAGGCUCACACAAAGAAAAGUUGAACAAAUUUAUUGCUAAACAGAAUAUAUAUAUUUUUUUUUUCUGAUGAAACCAUAAAACAUGGAAUUGUUGAGAUUUCUUUCCAAUUAAAUACUUUACUCAAAAAUCCCUCCCAUGCACUGGCUUAGUUUUGUGGCUUCGGUCCGUCAGAGUUCUGCAGUAACAAGUUUGUCCAGGAUUAGAAAUACAUGGCCGCAUUCUUCCUCCCUGUCCAUGCAUUGGGCUUGGUAUUGCAGCACAUGGCCAUUGGGUUGGGCUUAAGCUGCAAUCACAGACGAAACCUGUGGACAGAUAGGAUGCUGCUUUUGAAAGAAAACAGCCAUGUUUUACUAAACCCAUACAUUCCCUUUAAGGGUGGACGAUCGAGCAGUUCUAACAUAUUUCUGUAUGUUGUGCCCUUAUUAUACGUGCACAGCUUGGUCAGUGGCUGGUGAGCAGCAAGUGCACAUUGAGUUGUUGUAGCUUUGCACAAAUACAGGUUUAAAGGUUUGUCUCACUUCAAGUGGCAUUUAUCAUGUAGAGAAAGUUAUUACAAGGCACUUACUAAUGCAUUGUGAUUCUCCAUAUUGCUUCCUCUACUGGCUGGAUUAAUUUUUCCAUCACAGUGUACACUGCUCCUAUCCAGGGGUAAUGACCACCCUGCAAUCCAUCAGUGGUCGUGCUUGUACACUGUAGGAAAAAUCACAGACCCCUCUGGUGUCUGGGACCAUAGAAGCGCACUUAGGCAAACAUGCGCAUCAGAUCCCGUCCCUGUCACCUCGUAUCUGCGCUGCAGCGGUGGUUGUAGCCCUUAGAAAUGAUCCGUGUAUAAUAAUGUGAUGGAAAAAUGAAUCCAGCCAGCAAAGGAGGCAAUAUGGACAAUCACAAUACUUUAGUAAGUGCCUUGUAUUCACUUUACCUACAUGAUAAAUGCCAUUUGCUGAAGUGACACAACCUCUUUUAAUGCUGUUUUUAAACACUUAGUUCCAUAGUCUUCUAUAGUACAGGAAAGCAACAUGAUACAAGGUAGGCACCACUAGGCGGCGCACAUUAGUCAUCCUUCGUCUUGUCGCUCAUCAUCCAUACUAUUAUUUUAGUUUUGGCCUUUCCAACAAUCAAUCACCGCUAUGCAGGAUCUCUACUCAAGGUCACAGGCUUACUGAGUGCAAGGUAAUCACACGCCAAGCGCCAGAGGCCCUCUGUGAUACUGGGAGAUCCAUGCUAGUUUGAUUCAUUAUAAGACCUUGUCAAAUCUGAUAUAUAAGUUACUCUGUAUUAGAAAGAAUCAGUAUGACUCCCUUUGUUCCAUUACUCGGUACAGUAUAUAAAGUCAAGACCUUUGUCAUCCAUUACGUCAUAAAUACAGGAAAUCAAAUACAAAAUGUACAGAAACUACAAUACAAAUAUACAAAAGGACCUUCUAAGUACAAACUUUUCCAGUUGCAAUGCAUUGCAUUUCCUUCCAGUGACAUCUGGUGUCUCAACCACCAUACUGUGACCAUCAUUCCUUCUGGCUCAGAACCCCGAUGUCGCUAAGGACAUUAGAUGGGGGGGGUCCUAAACCGUUUCUUUGCCAUAAUAGCUUGUAGAGCAUUCUGCUUGUGUGCACUAAAGUCAUUGGGGAACACAGACCUGUCAGAGUCCAUGUCUAUUCCCAUUGUUCAGUUAUAGGGGAAAAUGUUAACCGAGGAUAAAUGGCCUUCUUUUAAAGUAACUCUCCAUACAAAAGAACUAUACUGUCCUAUGCAUGGUGCGGGGCCCCAGGGAGUGAUGUAUGAGUGAUUCAUGAAAAACAUAAGUGAUUCCCUGCGGCGUGCACUAGACAUAAGUGUAUUCAGCAAAGUGUGUCUUUAGAGAACGAGUACAUAAGUUAAGAGGUCAUCAUCGUAGGGGUCUACCCAAUGUGCUUCUUGGAAAUUGGAGAAAAAGGCCUGAUGUACUUUCACGUAUCCCUUUUGCUACACUGUUCCCAAGAUGAAGAAGCACAACAAUGACUCUUGUGACACAAAUACCUUCAUUACAAGCUACAGACAGGGGUUAAUAAGACCAGAAAAUGUAUUUUCUGUGUUCGAUCAGCUCAGUGUUCUGGACACAUCUGGGGCUUCUACUCAAACUCAAUAGACUUCAUGAGUGAGCCAAAGCAACACAAAGAUGUUGUCCACGUCUUAAGAUCACCGGCUCAACAGAUGACGCCCCCUCUGUUUACUGACGUUACGUUUGUCUCCGAUGGGUGGGAAGCCACAAAUGAAUUGGGCCUGACCCUCGGCAGAAGCGUUACAUUUCUAAACAUACAGCCAGGAACACUUCCCAGCUUUACCCGCUGCAAGUCAUGUCUUUGUAGUCCAACAGAAAUGGUAAAGGCCAUAGUCUGAAGCAUUUACACAUAACUUCUGUAUGUACGUCAUCUAUAUAUGUUUAAAAGAACUAUAUCAAUCUGGCAAGAAAAGUGUCUUUUUUUUAUUUUUUGCCUUCGUGGCAUUUAGUAUAAAACGCAAUAGUAAUGUAGAACUACUAAACAUACAUCAAUAAAUUAAUACAUAUAAUAAAACAUUGAAAAGUGCAAGAAGUUUCAAAUAAAUAAUAUGGAAUAGUCCGUCUCAUAGCGUGUAGCAAAAACAAGAAAAA